GAUGAUGGGCUUGACAUGACCGUCCCGGCAAUGGCAAGGCCACACAAGCGUUGGACCCAACACCCGGGAUGACAUGGAAAGCAAGGGUGCUCGGUGCAACUGUAACACCCCAACAUGUCCAGGGUUCUCACAUUUCAGCUUUCUUCUGUGAUCGGGCGUUUAACGACGGGGACAUCACCACAACCAACUCAGCACCCGAUGGGUGUUUCCUCCUUCGGUGACUUACAUAUUCGUCGGCAUGCAACGGGGCGCCCAUCUGCUGCCGGUAGCCCUUUCUCGAGCUGUUGCUACCCACCACGCCCGCUUCACAUCCCGGGCAGGCCAGGUCCUAAAUGUCCGACAGGUCCCCUUCACCAGCGAGGAGCUUCCCCACGGAAAAUGGAGCCCGAGAGCGGGAGCUAUGCGAGACAGUUUCUGAAACGGGCAAAGUAUGCUGCGAGUGUCCAGGGGGACAGGGGAUAUUUGGGGCAACAUUUCGCCGCGCCAAACCUCGAAUUCUGUAGAGAUCGCGAUGCAGACUGGGUCACUGGGACGGUCUGGUGGCCGAGCUCAUCAGACAGCCCAGAGUCCCCGCCUUGUCACACUACGCGGCACUCCUAACAACGCUCAAUCAACAAGCAAGUUGACAGGUUCCCGGCCUGGCUUGGAGACUCAUUACAGCAUUCAAGCUCAGAUAUCGUGGUCGUAAGGCGGGGUGGGCAUCAAUAUCACAUCCUGGCGGCACUUGUUUUCCUAGAGA